AUGGGCAACUCCUCAGCUGUGUCAAUCAGCUCGGAUUCUGAAGACUACGAAUCCAACGACCAAGCGCCCGCCAAACAGAUAAACAACACCAAAGUCGACUUCGACACGUGGAAGCGGAUCCUGCGUAAGCGCUUGAACGGCAUCAAAUCCGUCGGGGACAUUGCCAACUUCACCCGGUACCCCACCUUCGCCAAUCCGGGUCUCAAGAUUGAAGGCCACCCCGCGUUCCCUCUUCCGCUAACACCCAGCGAUGCUGAGGUGAUCAAGGCAGCAUGCAGGGAAGCACCCUUUGGCAAAGGCGAAGACACUGUUGUCGACACCUCAGUGCGGAAGACGUGGGAACUGAACCACACCCAGUUCCAACUCAUCAACCCAGAAUGGGCCGGCUUUUUGCAGAAGGUCUAUCUGACGGCCGCUGGUGGACUCGGGUUAAGGGACGUCUCGGUGAAGCCGCACAAGCUGCUGUUGUAUGAGGAGGGCUCAUUCUUCAAGCGCCACAAGGACUCCGAGAAAGAAGCAGGCAUGGUGGGAACGCUUGUCAUAUGCCUCCCUUCAGGGCAUCAGGGUGGAGAUGUUCACCUCGCCUUCGGCUCCGAUCAACGCGUUUUCUCCACUGCGCCCACGUCUACCUUCGACAUUACCACUCUUGCUUGGUUCUCCGACGUGACGCACGAGGUGAAGGAGCUGACGUCUGGAUACCGUCUGGCCCUGACCUACAACAUCGUUCAGAACGGGUCUUCUAAGCAGUCGGCGGGCUUCUUCGGGCAGCAGGCGCAGGAGGUGAAGCAAGUACUGCUGCAAUGGCAAGUUAACUAUCCCGGCAAUAACAUGCUUGUCUAUCCCCUAGACCACAAGUACUCUCAGUCCAGUCUCUCGUUCCGAAAUAUGAAGGGUCGAGAUAAAGCGGUCUGUCAGGCUAUACAGGACAUCGGUGCGCACAGUGGAGUCUUCCUCCUGCUUGCGCAUCAAACUCAUACCACUGAGGAGGAUGAAGAUUACUAUGACAAUGACGCCGAACCUGGUACAUGCCUCGACGCCAUUUUCACCCCCGAAGGCAAGCAAAUCGCAACAGACUACACGCUCGAUGACGACGAAGUUAUGACGCCGAAUAUGUUUGAGGACCGCAGCCCGGAUAGCGAGGAGGAAGGAGAGUUCACUGGCAAUGAAGGCGCUCCUAGCACCUAUCGGUACCAUGACACGGUCGCUGUGCUCGUGAAGAAGUCGACCCUGCACAAGCACCUAAGGGGCUAUAGCCACGUAUGGAGCUCUUACGGCCCUGAUGCUCAUACCGACAACAUGGUCGCUCUUGUAACCAAAGAUCUGGAGGAGCAUCGCGAACACCCAGCCACCAGGGCCACAGCGUUGGAGUUUCUUACCCAUGCGAUCGGAAUACAAGGACCAUCUCAAAAGACGACGCCUCCCGUUGCUGUCUACUGGGCUCUUCAGCUAGAUGAUAGCAAAUUAUUUCAGCUCGCCAUGGUGGCCGCAGCCAAAGCUGGCCAAGACACCUACAACGAGGCACUCAAUGUGACGUGCCGAUAUAUUGAAGAGAAUUACGGCGAGAAGACGGACGCGAUUGACUGGGAUAAGUGGUUGGGCGAGACUACGAGCAAUGCUUCUUUGUCGAGUGUGAUGAAUAGCAUUCAACACUUCACGCCCCGCUUCAAAUCGGAUGCAGUCAGGGAUUCCUUCAACAAAUGGGGGAACUCGAAAUUGACGCUGAAGCUCGAGACCGAACCUCAGCUUGGCAUCAAUGAUCUCAGUUUAUUCGCAAAGACGUUGGAAUCUCGGCAUGAGGACCAGGAAUGGAUCAUGUCAAGCCUGAUCCCCUCCUUGGCUGAUCGCGGCAACCGCGACCUCAUCUACAAGGUCUUGAAUACGGUCUUUGUGAAACGAGAGCAGAGAGAGUUCAGGAACGCCAAAGACAUUUAUGUGUACAUGGUUCAGAACGCACUUCCGAAGCUCUUGCUCUCUGGCGAGGACAUCACACCUACCUCAACACCCUAUGCCGCACUUUCAGCAGCCGUAGUCGGACCCUUGACGGAGUUCGCCUACCGGGUCAACGAGGGCCUCACCUUCGGCGCCGCAGAGCAAGCUCUUCAACUUCUCGAGGCAGGCUGCAAUAACUUAGUGUGGACGAAGUCAGAGUGGCAACCUAGCGCUGUUCAAGCCAACGUCGUUGAGAAAUUCUUGGUUCCUUUGAUGACCAUAAUGCAGAGACACAGUAUUCCUGUCGAGAACCACGAGGCAGUCAGAAACCUCCUCGAGGUCAUCAUCGGAGAAGGACUCCUUCAACAGCUUGGCCCCUUCCCACCAAGGCCCGUCGGCUGGACAUACAAGCCGCGAAGAUGCGCGCCCUAUCGAGGCCAGCGGACAGUCUGUCGCGACUGCGACGAGCUGGAGGUCUUCCUGACAGCGCCAGACCAGAAGGUAUGGAGGUUCGCCGCCGCAGAAGCGCGCCGCAAACACAUAAAUAGCCUUCUCUACGGCACCGAGAAGUACUUUCGAAUUACCACGGAACGUACCACAUCUUCGCACACGCUGGUAAUUGAAAAGACUGGCGGAGAGUACAAGGACGAGGUCGCAAAGUGGCGUCGCCACGUUCAAGCAAUGGCUUCGCUUCUCUCUCCCUUGAGGAGCGACUUCUUGAAGAACAUGCUGGGUGAAAGUAGGUAUCGAGAGCUGAUUCUCCUUGAGCCAUUGCUCAGCCAAACGGACUCGGGGAGUGUUGCCGGUGUGAAACGGGAGGCGGAUGAGCCUGCGUUUGGACAGCGGCCUGCUACGCAAAGGCGAUUGUGA